AUGAAAGCGCCACAAACGAAAGAUGAUCAGCAGUUGUCCGGCAGCCGUGAGGACGUGUCGGAACGCAUCCCCGAGGCCGCGAGGAUAGAAGAUAUUUUCGAAUGGAUCGACGGAAUACCGCUGUCAAAGGCAACGAAAAAUCUCGCCAGGGACUUUUCCGAUGCCGUUCUCAUGGCGGAAAUCCUCAAGUUUUAUUACCCGAAUCUAGUGGCGAAACACAAUUAUGUACCUGGUAACAGCAUACAGACGAAGCGCGACAACUGGAAUACGCUAAAUCGCAAGGUCUUGAUGAAAAUCGAUAUGCGUCUCAGUGCCGAGACCAUCGAACACUUGGCCCACUCACAACCGGGCGUCAUUGACAGGCUACUCGUCGACUUUCGUGAAAAGCAAAUGGCCAUUAACGCGAAAAAUGUCGAGCAGCAAGCUUUGACAAGAGGCGAUAAUGUCGUGACCGCUGGUAAGUCGCCGCGUUCGGAGCAUAGAGAGAGUAUAGAGUUGGAGAAGGCAGACACAUUAACUCCUCGGGCCACUCUGGCUAAGGCUGUUUCGCUUCAAGAGGAACCAGUUCGCCGACGGUGGUUUUUCGUAAGAAUUGGUGCGGCUCUGUUGGGCGCGGUGCUAGCGAUUCUUCGAUUUUUGCUAGCAAUUCUGUGCUUUUGGAGAUGGUUCUCCAGUCGAGACGCGUGCGACGCGUGCCAACCCGUGAAAAAAGAAACUCGGACGAUCCGUACCGAGGAAGAGCUCGAGCAAGAUGAGCUAGCGAACCUGCGAGAAUCCUACGAACAAGCUCGCAACGACCUCAACGUCAAGUCUGACGUCAUCAAGACACUCUGUCACAAAAUCGCAUUCCUCGAGGGCACGAUGAAGCUCAAAGACAUGAAAAUAGCUACGUUGACAAAUCAUCUGGACCACCAGCAACUGCAAGGAGUCUCCGUUAUGAUGGACUCUCCGGCGAGUGGUGCCAGGCAUCCGAACAUCUCGAACGCCGUGAACGCGGCCCUCAAAAAGAGGACGCGUAUGCAACUCUAG